UCGGCUCCGCAGCGCGCACGUCACUCGCGCGCGCCAAUCGCGGCCUGGCAGGCCAUCCUCCCGCCCGAGCCCGCGAGCCCGCCGGCCGCUUCCGCUCUCACGCAAGCGCAGCAGCCGGGCAGCGGACGCCGGCGGCAGGAUGGUUCUGGACAGCGUGGCCCGCAUCGUGAAGGUGCAGCUGCCCGCCUACCUCAAGCAGCUCCCGGUCCCCGAGAGCAUCACCGGCUUCGCCCGCCUCACAGUUUCAGAAUGGCUCCGCCUGCUGCCCUUCCUUGGUGUGCUUGCGCUUCUCGGCUACCUUGCCGUUCGCCCAUUCUUCCCGAAGAAGAAACAACAGAAGGAUAGCUCGAUUAAUCUGAAAAUACAAAAAGAAAAUCCCAAAGUGGUGAACGAGAUAAACAUUGAAGAUCUGUGUCUUACUAAAGCAGCUUACUGUAGGUGUUGGCGCUCCAAGACGUUUCCUGCCUGUGACGGGUCCCAUAAUAAGCACAAUGAAUUGACAGGCGAUAACGUGGGUCCACUCAUACUGAAGAAGAAAGAAGUAUAACAGUAGCCGUUUAAGAUCGAAACUCUUGUAGUGCUCCUUUGUUGUGUAUAGAAAAGUCUUUGGAGGUUUUAACUAUCAGUACUUCUUGAGGAGUUCUUUCUGCCAGUUAUUUUCUUGCUACACUACUGCUUAUAUUUGACACUUUAUAUUUUCAGUCCUUUAUAUAGAAAUAAAAUGGUCAGGUCUUAUCCUGAGAUCAAGAGUUAUGUAUCUUUCAACAAUAAAGUCAGUACUUUGGAUUUUAAUUAAUUGGGAAUUUAAAUUUGGCUAUUGGCCACAAGUUGUUUCUUUGCAUAUCAGUAUUUCAACAGAAUGUAUAUAUUUUUAAAAAAUUUCCCCUGUUCUGUCAAAUGUGUUUUUAUACUGUUUUGUUUUGCUCAUUUGAAGUAGUUUGCCAUCCUCUAGCCUUUGUGGAAUUCUCCUGUUUUUAGAUGAAUUAUGAAAAAUAUUGCCAUCAAAAAUUUCUGAGGCAAUAAAACCCCUUGUUUUAUAGA